AUGGCAGCUUUCACUAUUCCACCACCUCCAUAUUCGCAGCCUCCGCCUAUACCGCCUCCUCCGAUUGCACCGAACCCGAUUUUGCCGCCUCCUCCUUUACCACCCAUGCCUUCAUCUAUGCCACUACCGCCUUGUUUGCCUGUUAACACAUCACAACCUCCUCCACCUGCACCUCCUGCAAUCCCUAAUCCAAAUCUUAUGUCGUCGGUAGUUGCAGCUCAUCCUAUACAACGCGAUGCCUCUGUGCCUCCCGUUGCACCCCCACCUGCCCCUCCACCAAUGCCUCCUCAGCCCAAACGGAUGUUUAUACGACCCCUGGUAUUAAACAAACGUCUAAAAUUACGGGAAGAUCCAGAGAAUUGGGGUUGUUCAACAGUGGAAAAAUAU